GGAAGAAGAUUCAAAGAGGAGAGAGUAGCGAUGAUGAGUCAAGGAGAAGUCAACUACCAUAAAGUCUUCGUCUUCUUCUUCUUCAUUCUCAUCAGCUACACGACGUCCACUGUUCGUCAUUCCUCUCAUCUUUAUCUCUAACCUUGUGUGUCUGUGUGUUUAUCUGCUACUAGUGUUUCAUCUCCCUCCAACCAGACAACAUGAACAGAGGCAGCUUGAGCCCUAACCCCAUCUCUCUCCCUCCUCCUGAGCAGUCCAUCUCCAAAUUCUUAACACAGAGUGGAACAUUCAAGGAUGGAGACCUUAGAGUUAAUAAAGAUGGAAUCCAGAUCGUGUCUCAGUCUGAACCUGGAGCUCCACCUCCUAUUGAGCCAUUGGACAACAACCAACUGAGUAUGGCAGAUCUGGAAGUGAUCAAAGUCAUUGGCAAAGGAAACAGUGGUAAUGUCCAGUUGGUGAAACACAAACUCACUCAACAGUUUUUCGCUCUUAAGGUCAUUCCAGUGAACACAGAAGAAUCAACCUGUAAAGCCAUUUCUCAGGAGCUGAGGAUAAACUUGAGCUCUCAAUGUCCAUAUCUAGUCUCAUGUUACCAGUCUUUCUACCAUAACGGUCUCGUUUCAAUCAUACUGGAGUUCAUGGAUGGUGGAUCCCUUGAAGACUUGUUAAAGAAAGUCGAAAAAGUUCCUGAGAACAUGCUCGCUGCCAUCUGCAAGCGAGUGCUACGAGGUCUAUGCUAUAUUCACCAUGACAGGCGAAUCAUUCACCGGGAUUUAAAGCCUUCAAACUUGCUAAUCAAUCAUAGAGGUGAAGUCAAGAUCACAGACUUUGGUGUCAGCAAGAUCUUGACAAGUACGAGCAGUCAAGCUAAUUCUUUCGUGGGCACAUACCCCUAUAUGUCUCCAGAGAGAAUCAGCGGAAAGUCGUACAGUAGCAAGAGCGAUAUUUGGAGCCUAGGACUUGUUUUACUCGAAUGUGCAACAGGUAAAUUCCCGUAUACUCCUCUAGAACAUAAGAAGGGAUGGAGAAGCGUGUAUGAGCUGGUGGACGCCAUUGUUGAAACUGCACCCCCUACUGCACCUCCCCAUCUGUUUUCUCAAGAGUUUUGCUCCUUCAUCUCGCAAUGUGUGCAAAAAGAUCCAAGAGACAGGAAAUCAGCAGAGGAGCUCCUGGCACACAAGUUCGUGAAUAUGUUUGAAGAUACAAAUCUCUCCGCUUACUUUACCGACGCAGGAUCUUUGAUUCCCCCACUUGCUAACUAGAACUGAGUUUGAGCAAUCUUUUGACCACCAAGUUCCAGUUUAUAUCCACUAGAAUAGAUCUUAUGAAACACAAAUAUUCGACAUGUUAUGACCCUUUAUAAAAGACUAAUCUACAAAAUUCGAUUUACUUGUGUACUACUUUUCAGAUCACUAUUACAUACAUAUCUAUAAUUUGUGUUUUGAACA